AUGAAAGAUGUUUGCAGUUUGAGAGUUAAGAAUGUUAUCGUGUUGGCUGUUUUGUUUCUGGUGGUAAUGACAUUGUUUAUGGCUGUUUUGUUGGGAGUUUUGCUUUCGAGUUUCGAAUAUGCUGAGAGAAGUGAUAUAUCGGAAACUACUACAAGAGUGACGAGGGCUAUUAUGGAUGAUUUCAAGAAUCAGAUGGAUAUUCUGUUGACUUAUUCUAAUUGGGAUUCUUCAUAUUACCUCAUGAAAACUUAUUCUGUAGACCAAAUGAACAAGAGACUAAACGUUUCGUAUGGAAAUAUAGACCACGUUGAAGAAUUAACAGGUGCCAACUUUAUUGGAUACUAUUUUCUGAAUGGAACCGUUGCAGGAAAAGUGGGAUAUGAUUUUGAAAGUAGAAUGGCUGUUCCAAUGCCAACAGAAAUGUAUCAAUUACCCUCCUUUCUAAUGGAAAACAUUCAGAUACUUUCGACUAUGAAUAUUGGAUAUUGGACAUUGAAAGAUGGAACUUUGUUUUUGGUAAUGGCAGCUCCUGUGCAGUGUAGUGGUUGUGGAUUUACGGAUACACCUGGAAUUAUGAUGUGGGCUCGGUAUAUUCGCUCAGUUUAUGUUAGUCAGGUUUCGAAUAGAGCUCAAGUGUGUAUUACAAUGUAUAAUUUGCAAUCUGGUAAGGAAUUGGAUUCAGAAUUCACUGCUGUGUGGAACCAAAUCAAAUCCAAGCCAUACAUUUAUCCUAAUUCAAGCAGCAUCAUUAGUGAAUGGAAAAAUACAGACCCAACACUUAUUCGAAUGGGAAAUGUAGCCGAAAGUGCAAAGAAUCAAAGAAUUUGCUUUGGAAAUGAUUCAUCCUCCACAGGAGAACGAAUUAUUACUUAUCAAACCUAUCAGGAUAUUUAUGGACAACCUUCUUUCGUAUUGAGAACUGAUUUCUCUCGUUCUGUAAGAGAAUUGGGACUUCAGAGUUUUGGUUGGUCGUAUGGAUUUACUUGUUUGGUUGUUAUUUUGUCAUCACUGAUUAUUUUCGUCUUGAAUGAAGUAAUUGUUGUGACUCCACUUGUGAAUUUAGGUUACCAUUUGAGGAAAAUUAUGAAAAAUACUGAAAAUUUGGCAGAUUCUACAAUUCCAGUGAAGGGGAUUACAGAAAUUUCAACACUCACUCAGAGAAUUAAUACCAUGUUGAGAGUGGUGGCUGCUUCGAGUGAACAAAUAGCCAAGAGAGGAAACUUGUUAGAACAAUUGCUGGAAAAGGCAUCUUUGGAAGAGCAAAAAACAAGAAUUCUACUGAACAGUAUUUCAGAUAUGGUAUUGGCAGUGGAUAGAAAAACAGCAAAUGUAACAAUGGCCAACACUGCCUUUUUUAACAAAACCAGAUAUUCCCAAAAAGAUCUUGGUUCCAUUUCUAGAUAUUUGAAGGAAUUUUCACAAGAAUCUGAGCUAUUAUCCAAGAUUAAUCAAUUGGUACAAUCCUCAAGAGACUCAUGGGAAACACAUCUCACCAAACCAACAAGUGAAAAGAUACCAGUCAAGAUUUCUGCCAAAUUAAUUCAAUUUCCAAACAGUGAAAAGUCAGAAUGUGAAUCUUUACGAGAUACCUAUCUUCUCGUAUGUAAAGAUUUGAGUGAGGAAAAGAAAUUGAAAGAAAAGAAACAACAAAAUCAACAACUUCUCGAAUCUAUCAAGCUCAUCAUGGAAUUUGAUAAAAUGUUCAACAAUACUCAACUGAGACAGGAAUUUAAAAAGCAGUGCGAAAAGGAAAGAUCAGUGGAAAACUUUCUCUUCUUGGAAACUGUUGAGCAGUACAGAAGAAUUCCCAAUGCACAAGAUCGUGUCGAGAAACAACAGCAAGUUCUCAAACAAUUCAUUGAUCCUAGUGGAGAUAAUCAUUUAAAUAUUUCAGGACAAGUUUUGCAACAAUCAAAAGUGGAAAUUGAGAAUGGUUUGGGAAGAUACGAUGCCUUGGAUAAAUUGGAAACCUUUGUGCGAGAUAUGGUCAUAAAUGACACUUGGUUCAGAUAUUGUCAACAGAGAAAGUAG